AUGUGGUGCUUCCUGACUUCCGCCUUGGGGUCCGAAGCAGGCUUCGCCAGAGGGGGCGCCGACUCAGGUCCGCAGAGGGAGGAGUCUCAGGCCCUGACGGGCAUCGAGUUCUUCUUCCAGGGAUUCAAGGAACCGGGAGCUGAAAGCCCUGGUCUGAGGCACGUGUCCUCAGGUCAGCAGAGUGGAGGAGGCCCAGGCACUGCCAGGAGUCAAGGCCUGUGGGUUUCCAUCACCUGCCCUCCUGCCCACACUCCUGCUUGCUGCCCACUGACCACAGUCAUCAUGUCUCUCUCUCCAAAGCGUCCACGCUACAUGCUUGAUCAAGAUCUUCAGGACCAAAUUGAGAUACAGCACCUGCUGGGUGCACAGGAGCCUGCAGCUGAGGAGGAGGAGGGCUCCUCCUCUCCUACUUCCUCCUUCCACUUCUCCUUGCUGUCCUCUUCCUCCUCUCCCUCCUCUCCUUCCUCUCCUCUGACCCCAGGCACCCCUGAGGAGGUGGAGGAGCCUGCUGCUGUGGUACCAAGUACUCCCCAGAGUACUCAGUCAGCCUCCCCCCCCCCAUCUUUCUCCCUCUCCACCACUUAUUUGAGCAUAUCAAAUGAGAGCUCAAGCAGUGAAGAAUCAACAGAUUCAACCAAAGAGCCACUAGAUGAGGAAGUGUCCAAUUUGGUGAAGUUCCUGCUCAUCAAGUACAGACUGAAGUUGCCCGUCACAAAGGAAGAAAUGCUGAAGGUUGUCCUCAAGAGGUGCAAGAACAGAUUCCCUCUGAUCUUCAAGAAAGCUUCUAAGUGCAUGGAGGUGAUCUGUGGCAUUGAUGUGAAGGAAGUGGACCCCACCAUCCACUCCUAUAUCCUUGUCAACUCACUGAUUCUCACCUAUGAUGAGAUGCUGUCUGGUGACCAGGGCAUGCCCAAAAUCGGCCUUCUGAUAAUUAUCCUUGGUGUGAUCUUCAUGGAGGGCAACUGUGCCCCUGAGGAGGAGGUCUGGGAUUUACUGAAUAUGAUGGGAGUGUGUGAGGGGAGGGAGCACUUCAUCUAUGGGGAACCCAGGAAGCUCCUCACCAGAGAUUUGGUGCAGGAAAAGUAUCUAGAGUACCGGCAGGUGUCUGGCAGUGAUCCUCCUCGCUUUGAGUUCCUGUGGGGUCCCAGGGCCCAUAAGGAAAUCAGCAAGAUGAAGGUUCUGGAGUUUUUUGCCAAGGUCAAUGGGACUCACCCCAGUACCUUCUCUACCUGGUAUGAGGAGGCUUUGAAAGAUGAGGAAGAGAGAGCCCAGGUUAGAAUUGCCCCUGCAGAUAGUACUGCUGCCAAGUUUGUUGCCCUGUGUUGGCCAGCAGCAUCUCCUGGCACAAGUGAAGACUGA